AUGUCGGUCAACUGGGUAAUGCUUCAUGACCGAGAAGGCUUCGUUCGGCUCCCUAACGAGCAAUUGAUCUACACAUCCCCUCCUCGUACCUCCUUAUCCCUACAGCCGCUUGGUUCUUACAAGGGCAAGGAGACGUUGUCCAUUCAAAGCAGCGCCGGGCACAUUUCCGUCACUAAUCAACGGGUCGUCUAUAUUCCAGCACAGAAAUCCAAAGAGUUUCAAUCAUUUUCCGUGCCACUGCUCAAUGUCCACGACACUCAUGUCUCGGCUCCGUUCUUUGGUCCAAAUCAGUGGAUGGCGCUGGUCCAGCCAGUCCCCGGUGGAGGAAUUCCGCCAGCAUUGCCCGCCGUGCAGCUAAAAGUCACUUUUAAAGAAGGGGGAGCGUUUGACUUCCAUAACCAUUUCGAACGAAUCAAGGAGCGUUUCCAGCAGGCUGUGGACGUGUCCCAGGAAGGCAGCAGGGGGACCAGGAACGUCGACAUGUCCGCUAUCCACCUGGACGAGUUACCUGCCUACACUGGGCCAUCGCAGGUCCCGACGGGGUCGGGCCUCGACAGCCACCCAAGCGGUCCGUCGCUAAAUUCACAGUCGCCGACAGCUGAUCGAGCAGCAACCUCAGGCCCCGAACCGAUGGAACCACCGCCGGGAUAUGAGGAAGUUCAGCAACAGAGUGUAGCCAACGAACUCGAGGAGAGACUCCGCCGGGCGAGCUAA